AUGGCUUCAAUAAUACAGAGAGAAAUUCCAGACAUUCAGAAAUACGUUGCUUGGCCACCAAUCAUCAAGCAUGUUGUCCCACUAGGUCAUUUAUACGACGAGAGCGGAAACUCCUAUCCGAGAAUGGGAGGAAGAUCGAGUGCAUUGCCAAACGGACAUGUGCUAUUCCAAUUUAACAACACAUUCUGCCACAAUGCAGCAGGUCAGUUUCUAGGAAAAACUGAUUCUACGCUCUCAUUUCUCACCAAUCCCACCAAUCCCGUCAUGUCAAGAUACUUGGCGCCACCAGGAUCAAUUAACGUUGAAAUCAGCGAGAGACAAAUUCCAAGUUUGUUUAAACGCUUCGAGGACGAACUUGACAAGAAAAACGACAAUAAGGUAUUUUGGGCCACUGGUGGGAUUGCUUGGUAUCUUAUCACCGGCGCCGCAGCAUAUGGAUGGACCUUUUUUGAAUAUCGAAGCAUCAGAAAGGAUGGCUCAACCUUCCUCGUAGCGGUUGGUAUAGCCUCUGUGGAGGUUGAUUACCGUGCCAAUCCGACGACUAUUGUAGCUAAGCGUGAGAUGGCUGGCUGGAGUGAGCGUAUAUUGUUUUAUCCCAGUGAGCCUCGACUUGGAACUUUCUCAGUCCUUUCCGACGGAAAAUAUUUAUACGCCUACGGACACAAAGGUGGCGAUCACAACGAAGAAUAUGACGUAGUACUAGGUCGCGUACCUUUAGAGCUUGCAAAGGCAAGAGCUUGCUGGGAGUACUGGGGUGGUGGAAGAGGUUGGGUUAAAAACCAUUUCUUCUCCUGUCCAAUUUUGAAGAACUAUUUACAUGGUCAAAUAUUUAACACAAAGUUGUUUGGAGAGGAUUCACCAUACAGAUUUGGCUUCGUUGGCUGUACCCGGACAGGUGAUAGCAAGCUAAUGUUUGGACGAGCUAUCAAUCCUUGGGGCCCUUUCGAGAUUGUCCAACUGAUGAAGGCAUAUCCUUUAGGCCAUGUACAGAAGUUUGCAUACACUGCCCAUAUGUUUGCUCAUCCAUGGGCUUUCCCGGAGAGCAAAGGAGAUUUAAUGGUCAGUUGGAGUGAAGGAGGAUCAGCAGGAAAUAUUGUUGCGGUAAAAAUCCGUUUUGAGCAGGGCAUCGGUCGCUUACAAUCCAAUGAGCUAAGAGUUGUCCAAUGCAUCGGGGAAGAAGCAGACAAGGACAACAUCGCUCUAUCGGAGCUUCAACUUCACGACGAACUGUAUAGCUUCGAACGGUAUGAAAAGGAUGGGGAGCAGAAAACUGUGAUCACGACAUCCGAGAAGAAGAAUGCAUUCAACAAGGCUGCUGCAGCAUUUGGCAAAUUAUGUAACAGGAAUGUUGCUUAA